AUGAUGGCAUUUACCGUUACGGUUCCCUCCCUCGAAAUCUUUCGGCGCACUCUCACCGUGCAUCAUCCGAUGGUGGUGUACGUCUGGGACCAGCACGCCCUGCGAGAGUUCAUCAAGCGCCGGCCCAUGAUCGGCGCGUGUCUCCAGAAGGCGAUAUCGGUUGACCUGGUGAACAAGGUCGACCAGUCUCGGGAUCACAACGAGCACUACCGGCAGCUGCUCGCCGAGACGUUGGACGGAGGACGGGUCACCUCCACAGAGAGGAAGAACUUGCAGAGGUACCGGGAGGAUCACGGGAUCUCGAUGGCGGAGCACUUUGAGAGGCUCAAGGAAACCAACUGGACUCACAAGGAGUUCCAAGCAGGGUUUAGAGAAGGCGUCGCCCCCAAGGACCUUUUGGAGAACUUCCUCAAGUACGAGGCGUUGCUGCGGAACGAGCUGGCAAAGGGAGAGGGUUGGACAGCGGACAAGUACGAGGCCGGGAAGGGCAACAACUGGGGCGACCGUUAUGACGUGGACGGCACCGCCGUGCCUGACCUUAUCCCGUACGACUCGGAAGAGAUGGCGGAUUUCGUGGAGGAGGCGAGCAUCGCCGAGAAGGAGCGGUAUCGCUUCCUCCUCCUGGCCGCCCUCGGGGGAGGGGUGAUCCAGAAGGCGGAGAAGGAAAAGCUAGAGCUGUACCGCGAGAUGCACGCCAUCCCGGACGAGGAGCACAACCGGCUGCUGUUCGAGCAGGGCUGGAAGCCGGAGGAGUACGACGCGGGUUUCCACAAGGACAUCGCGUCGUCGCACUUCCAGCGAUACGCCUCGCUCGUGAAGCGCGAGCUUGACAAGGGGAAGGUUACUAGCAAGGCAAAGUCUAACCUCAGGAAAUUCCGGACCCAAGGCAGCAUCUCCCCCCGGGCUCACCUGUUGGCCGUCGAAAAGGAGGGUUUGUGUGGGGCUGGACGGCUGACGAGUACGAGGAUGGUGUCAAAAAAAGGGGUGACAAUACCAAGCCUGAGAGCUGACCAAGCCGAAGGGCUGAGAGAGAGACAGAGAGAGAGACCUGCGAGGUGGAAGUGGGCAACAACUCUCAGCGGGGGGGAAGGGGGGAGUGUACUCGUUGCCGUGCAUGCCGUGGACCGUUGACCUCGCAUCCUUACAAACCCGGGACGGAGGACGCCGGGUUUUUACCGGUUCAGGCUAGCACAUAUCACCAAGCGUGAAGGGGGAUGGGGAGUGAGAUUGCGGCUGCAGGUAGCGGAGUGGAUGCGCAUGUGUGGCCCGGCCUCCUCGCUUCGGAAACCCCGCGGCGGCGGCACGGAGGAUGCAGCAAGGUCUAGGAUUGUGAACGGGAAGCCUUGGAGGAUUCUUUUGUCGAUGAGCUCACCUCUGUGUGUGUCGUCUGUCUGUCCCUCUCUUUCAGUUGGUUGAUGUUGUUCUCGCACUGGCUCUAUUGAAAAAAUGUCAUCUACGGCUUUUUUUUUCUGUGCAACAGGGGGCACGAACGAAGCAGGGAAAACGGAUGCUUUGUUGAAACGGCGGUGUUCAACGAUAGGGUGGGGUUCUUCUAUACAGGCGGUUCGAUUGUGCAGUGGCAUGAGGAGAUUGGGGGGGGGGGGAUUACCCGCUGUGUAUCAUGUGCUGAUGCGAAGGUGGGAAUCGCAUCAAGCAUCAGGCUGGGUAGUGAAUAAUUGGUAUGAUUGCAGUUUCGUUGUAAUGCAGGGUGUAGACCGGGCCAUGGCGUUUUGACCUGCGUGCGCCAGAAAAAGCAAGAACGGGCCAGAGGAUUGACACACGUACGCUAACGUUGGUAUACGGCUGUGUCUGACGGGGUACAACGGGUCAACUUGUACGUCGUUCGUUGUCCUUCGACGUACUGGAGUGCUUCGUGUGCUGGUUUGAGGUACAAGUAGACACGAAGGGCUGCCGAUGGGUGUGAUGUGUGCUUGUCACUCCCCACACACGCAAGACGAGUUGUCCCGCAUUUGUCCCGCUGUACCGGAUGAAAAGAUAGAGGGACGCUGCGGCGACGGUGUAUUGGACGCACCGGGCUCAUUCGUGAUGUGGGUUGAGGGGUGUUGCAUGCACCCACUUUCAUCCAUGUGGCGAAGGCUCGUCUAUGCCUUGCCCGGGAAAACGGAGAUCACGGAGAUUUUGAAGAUGCAGCCUAUUCGGGUUUCGUACCAGCGUAUUUGGCGUGUUGGUUGCUCGGGGACGGGGGUGUGCAUGAAGCACACGGAAGUUUUACGGACGGCGGU